CACUGCCCAGUCUUUACCUGGUCCCAAUUUCAUCAACUUUCAUUACCGUUUACCAACAGUUUAGCUCUUAUCAAACGAGUAUCAUGCCGGCUCCUAUCCAGCCAGCUGCUGCAACACGCACCGAGACGACAUCUCAACAAUCGACAUCCCAGUCCCUCUAUGAAGGUGGUACGAUACCCGAUUUGGUAUUGAAGGAUGAACGGGACGAGAAUGUUGCAUUGAGACAGGUUGUAGAAAAGCGUGGGGCGGUGUUUUUCUUUUUCUCAAAAGCAGACACACCCGGGUGCCUGAAGCAAGCAACUGUAUUUCAAGAGACGUGGAAAACUUUCAACUCGGCGGAUUAUCAAGUGUUUGGCGUAAGUGGAGAUACUCCCACCGUUCACUCCAGGUGGAAACACCAACAAGGAUUCAUAUUCAACCUGCUUACGGAUGCAGGCUUUCGAUUCGCAGGAGCAUUGGGUCUGGCUACAACCGACGAGAAGGGCAACAAAAUUGGGAUCAAGAGAUCCCAUGUCGUGGUAGAGCCAGGUGGUAAAAUUAAGGAUUUGAAGAUGGAUGUAAAGCCAGAAGAGUCAGCACAAUUAGCUUUGGGGGUGGUAAUCAAGAAGAUUGAGAGGGUGAUUUAGACCAGGUUAUAUGCAGCCAAAUGUACAGUGUCCAAACAGAAAUCCAAUUAGUUCUCAGACUCG